GGGCCGCGCCGCGCGCCUUCCACCUGCCAGCGGGGCUUUAAAGUUGCGGCCGGCCGGGGCGCGCGAUGACUCGCCUCCCGGUGCCCGGCGCGGGCGGCGGGGCGCUUAGCUGAGGGGAAGCUUUGCUUUUCUCUGUCCACCCCAGUGGCAAAGGGCAGCGGGGUGGGGGUGCGUGUUCGCCCGGGACACCCCCAUGCCCGCCGCGGGUCUCCCGCGCGGCGCGGCCGCCGGCCCCGCUGCUGCCGCGGGUCCCCGGCAGUGCCCGGGCGGCCGCGGGUAGAGCCGUGCCGGUGGGUCCUCGAGGAGCCAUGGAGCCCGCUGCCCCGCCGGAUCUCCGCGACGUCGAGCAAAAACUGGGUCGCAAAGUGCCCGAGAGCCUGGCGCGGCCGCUGCGCGGGGAGGAGCCGCCCGCACGCCCCGCAGCGCCCCGGCGCCGCCGCCCCGCGCCCGCGCGGCUGGAGGCCAAGCUGCACCUCCUGCGGCAGGAGAUGGUUAAUCUCAGAGCCACUGAUGUGAAGCUUAUGCGCCAGCUACUUAUCAUCAAUGAAAGUAUUGAAUCAAUCAAAUGGAUGAUAGAAGAGAAGGCCGUUGCCAGCAGAGGUAGCAGUUUGAGUGGCAGCCUGUGCAGCCUGCUGGAAAGUCAGGAGACAUCCCUUCAUGGCAGCUGUAACAGUUUACAAGACUGUAGUGAUGGACUGGAUGGAAUAUCAGUGGGGAGUUAUUUGGACACCUUAGUGGAUGAUGUCCCUGGUCACCAGACCCCUUCAGAUAUGGACCAGUUCAGUGAUUCUUCUAAUACGGAGGACUUACAGCCUCUGCAUAAGCAUCCCGAACUUGAUUCUGAUGAGUACUACUGUUUUGGUUAAUAAAAACAAGUUCCAGUGGGACAUAAAUGCAUAUACUUAUCCUUUUUCUUUUCUGUCACUUUAUUUCACAUGUAAAAUCCCCAGACUCCUCUAGGAAGGAAAGCAUAAUAUGAUACUUUUGAUUCCACUUCAUAACUUUUUGUUACUUCUAAUAUGUUUUUUCCUUGGUGUGUUGGGCUUUCCUGUUCCUCACUUUUCUUUUUCUUAAUUUAUUGUUCCAAUUUUUCUUUUUUUUGUUUUAAUAUUUUAAAAUGCUGUAUUUACAGGUCCUCAGAAGUGGUAAAGGAAAAGCUUUAUCUUAAAAAUGAGACUUCAGGGAAUGACAGCAACAAUUUUGUAUUUGUUGGCAAUAAAAUAUCGUCUGAUAAAUAUAUGUUGUGGUAAAUUUUCUUGAGUACCAGGUUGGACCUUUCCAAAGACACUGUUCUUAUUGAGCCUUAAAUCUGAAGCUUGAAAAUACCUCUACAGAACAAUUUUCUUUUUGAAAGUAAUUAUAUUAGAUUUCAUUAAGCUGUCUUCACUUCGAAUAUAAAGUAUCAUGAACUUUUCUGUGUGGGCUUUCUUCUUGAAUGUUCUCAUGUUCUCAUCGUUGUCUAAUUAUGAUUUCAGAUUCUGGGCUUCUUUUGUGUCUUUCAGUGAUGCAUUCCAGUAUUAGAAGCUCUGCGUAAGAGUAUAUCCCAUUUUUAUGCUUCAUACCUUUCAUUUUCAUUGAACCUGCUAUUUUAUAGGCACAGUCUAUAUAAAAGUGAAAGAAGCAUCCCACAUUAAAAGUAUCCAGUUCUAAUAGUUUGGAUACUGAGCCAAAAUUUCCUCACAGAAUUAUUUAAAAGAUGUAAUUUAAAGUCUUGAAAAUUUUUACCUUGAAAUUUUGUGGGAUUUAGAGGGCAUUGGUGAAACAUUUUGCUGGAGGCAAUGCACUAGAAGGCAUGUCCUGUUUUGAUUUUGUUUGUGCACCUUCAUUCUUUACAAGUGUACCUUGUUUUUACUAAAGAGUAUUACUAAGAGAAAGUGUUGCCCUGCUGUCUUUUUCCUUCUUGUUUUAUCAAUAAAAGUUUGCUUUAACCUUUUUGUGCCUACUGGUACAGUUGAGGGCUAUGGCUCGUCAUUUAUAUUGGUAACAUCUGAGAAGAAAAACAGAAACGCAGUGCUGUGCGGAAAGUCUCUGGCAUUGAGAUUCUACUUGCCCAUGCUUUUGUGGACUAGUUUAGGAGACAAAUUCUUCUUUUAAUUGCUUUGGAAUUGUAAAGAAACAACAUUUUAUCCUUCUACAGUAAAGAACAGAAAAGAAAUUGAACUGGAGACUUGAACACCUUAAUCAUAAACUCAUAGAAUCACUAAGUUGGAAAAGAUCUUUGAGAUCACCAAGCCCAACUGUACCUGUCCACUACUAAAUCAUAUUCCUGAACACUUAAUCUACCCAUCUUUUAAAUAUCUUCGGCGUGGUGACUCAACCACCUCCCUGGGCAGCCUGUUCCAGUGCCCGAUAAUCCUUUUGGUGAAGAAAUUUUUCCUAAUGUCCAACCUGAAUCUCCCCUGGCACAGUUUGAGGCCAUUCCCUCUCAUCCUAUCACUUGGACAAAGACACCAACACCCGCUUCUCUACAACCUCCUUUUAUGUAGUUGUAGACAGUGGUAAAUGCUAAGCUGCCUCUAGGCUCAGCCACUCCUCAUAAGACUUACCGAAUACAGGGGCAGAAUCACUUCCCUGGUCCUGCUGGCCACACUGUUCCUGAUACAAGCCAAGAUGCCAUUGGCCUUCUUGGCCACCUUGGCACACUGCUGACUCACAUUCAGCAGCCUGUCAACCACCACCUCCAGGUAACUUUCCACUAGGCAGUUUUCUAGCCACUCUUCCCCACGCCUGUAGCACUGCAUGGUGUUGUGUCCCAAGUGCAGGGCUCUACACUUGGCCUUCAACCUCCUUCAGUUGGCCUCAGCCUAUCGGUCCAGCCUGUCCAGAUCCAUUUGCAGAGCCCUUCUGGCUUUAAGAAGAUUGAUGCUUCCUUCCAGCUUAGUGUCAUCCACAAACUUAGUAAGGGUACAUUUGGUCCGUUCAUGCAGAUCAUUCAUAAAGAUAUUGAACAGGACUGGACCCAGCACUGAGCCCUGGGGAAUGUGUAUUUCCAGCUUACAGAAGUGAAAGAGAUAUUGAUACUUACAAGUGACCUGUCUUGCCAUGUCUAUAGUCCUGCUACCAGUAAACCAUAAAAGUCUCUCACUGGACUUAUGCUUGGCUAAUAUAAUACAGGCUCUGUAUUUAAAUUAUCAUUUAUUCAUUCUGAUGGAAUAAAGUAGUAUGCAGCAUUUGAUGUAUGUUGAUUUGUUUCAUUUUGAGAUAAAUCAGGAUUUAUCUCAAAAUGAGACUCAUCAUUUGAGAUGAGUCCAACAAGGUUCUGCUCUUCUAAGCCAUGUUUCCAUGGACGUGUCUCAUCCAGACUUCUUCAACAUCAAAUGAGAAGAAGAGGUGAAAACUCAACUUGAAAGUGGCAGUUUAUUCCUUGUAGUAAGCUCCAUUACUUCCUAACACAGUAGAUGUCUCUGUGCCUCAAAAUUAAAAAACAAGAUACGCAUAUUUUGCUUUGGACAUCAUGAUUUAUUCAAAUAGAUUAUGGGUGAAGAAAUAGGUGAUUACCAAGAAUGAGGCUUCUCAGUUCAACUACUGAAAUCAACCAGGGCCUUUUAGAUAGCUUGAAUAAAAAGAAAGGCCAUACCCACAAAUGGCAAUGCAAUGCUGACCUAAUGUCUUUAGGAUUUUUGAUUACUUCCUCAGCUUAUGACUGCAGGACAUAGUUUGAAGAAAAAAAUCUUAGGAAAAAAAUAUUUCUUUGUGUACCAUUAAAUAGAACAUCAACUGCUAGUUCAAAAUAGGUUUUAUUACUCUACUUUAAAUUAUUUGAACCUAGGGAAUACUAACUCCCUGAUGUAAAACUGUGUCUCUCCUGGAAGUUUUUCUAGCUUUACUGCCCGGCAUGGAAGUUAAACAUCAGGAUAUGUAAUAUAUAAUAUGAUAUAAUAUGAUAUAUAAUCCCUCUGAAUGUAAUGAAUGUGCAAUAUAUAAAGGGUUUUCUUCUCCAAGUGAAAUUUUGGGCAGUAGGCCAAGACACACAUCAUUUUUUUUCUACUAUAAAGGAAAUUCAAAAAUAUUCUUAACAUACCUUCUCAAAUAUCACCUAAAGUUAUGCUGAAAUAACUUCAAGUUAAAAACAGUCUGUAGCUGUCACCCACCCACUCACAGUUGUAAUACUGGAUCAAAAGUAAUUACAUCAGCGAUAGAUUUAUCAUAUUAUGAUUUUAAAAGGUCUUUUAAAUGGGAAUCAAAGUUGGCAGAAAAAAAGCCAACUACCAGAACUGGUGAAGUAAAACCUGUACAUGAUUAGAAGCUUUUAUUUCUGUAUGUCUUUUGUCUGGAAGGGGAGAAAGAGUACAAAUGACAAAAUAGAGAUGCCAGAGGACUGUUAGAAGGAAACAAGAAUUUCCAGGUGUUGCGCAUCUCAUAUCAAGGAAUGUAAACACAUUUAUUUUUUAUUUUUGAAGCCUGAAAACUUCAUGGCUUUAGAUUUGACUUAGGUUUCUUAAUUGCAUUGAUAGGAGUUCAUAGCCAAUAGAUAAUUUACUCUGACUUCCCACUUAAAGCAGACCAUGAAAUGUUAUUGUGUCCUAAAAUUAAUCCUAUAACUUACAAGUGAAGUACAACUUCACUAUUUAGGGAAUGAAAAAUUCUCAGUGCUCCAUAAAAAAAAUAUUCCCUUUGGGUAAUUAAUUUUUAUUUUAAACUGUUUGUGGAGUUCUUCCAAUUUUCUCUUGACUUGGUUAACCUUGGUCUUGGAAAAUCUUUGUCCACUAAAAAGGGAUUUUAUUGCCAUCUUCUAGCAUUUUACAGUCCUGGAUUCUUUUUUUGCCUUGGAUUUUCUUGUAUAAUUUUGUCUUAUUUGCAGAACUAAAAAAACAAUGUUCAGUAGUGUAGGGCAGAUUAUCUGAAAGCACUUUACAAGUCCAUAUCUGUUACAAAUGUAUAAAAGCAAAAGCUUUUGUUUUUUUUUAAAAAAAAAAAAAAAGUGGUAAGAUGGCAACUAUUAUUCAUUUCUGCUCUGUCAUUUUCUAUUAUCUUGACUCUUCUGUCUCUUAGCUUGCUUCCAGGCAUGAUAACAAUUUCGCGAUAAUUUGUGAAAUCCCAGACAAUUAAUAACAUCCAGUCCAUUGUUAUUUCCAUACUACUUAAGAGACUGUCCACUAUUUAAGCUCCACUAUUUAGGCUGCGCUAUUCAGGGAUAAAAAGUGAUGGUCUGAAAAGAUUCUGUAUGCUUUUUGUUUUAAGAUAACUAUUUCCUGCUAAUAACAGGAGCCAGCUAGUAGAUGGAUGUGCUCUGGUUAAAAAACUAUUGAAGGAGAGGAGGAUGAGCUCAAAUUUUUCCAUCUGAAAAGCAUGGUACUUGAAAGAUUCUGCCACGACAGUCUAGCUGUGAAAGUUUCUUGCACUUUUGAAAGAGAAAUUAAAAUCCUUUGAAAUUUCUCUGCCAGCUGCCUGGUCUAGUAUUGAUCUCAACGUUGCAUGACUAUUUGUGUUUACACAAAUGCUGUGAGAGGAUGAAGAACAAAUGAGGAGAGCUCUUGAAUCCACCAGUAGGCCAGAAACAUUGUACUAGGAUAGUGAAGGUAGAAGAGCGUCUCUGCCUUCGGAAAGUACACUACCAUUAUGCUAUGAAUUGAGACAGGAUAGUAAAAAGAAGGCAAGAAUCUCAUGUAUCUUGUUCAAAUGAGCUCUGCUGGAAGAAAUGUCAAAAUGUUUGUUAGUUUGAAAUUUCAAAAAUCUUUCUCCACAUUUUGCUUUGAAAAAGAGAACUGGUUAGUCGAGGUGUGUGACGUGCAGUCUGAAAUAAAGUCUGGUUUUACCACAUAGUUGCAUCUUAUGUAAUUCCAUAUAAUACACUUACAAACUGUGAGGGGUUUGUUUAGUAAUCUUAAGCACUUAGUGAGCUGUCUUAAAAGCCUCUGCUAGUGUUUUUCAUGUUGCCAACAUUUCUUCUGAACCAAGCCUAAAAGAUGUGUAUUUGAUAUAAAGAACUAACAUAUAGCCAAUAAAUGUGAGAUCAGUAGAAAGGAUUCGUCACUUUACACCCAAGGAGGCUUUGCUUCAUUUUAAAUGUACUCUGUUACAGCAAGUUUGUAUUCCUCACAAUAGCUAUAAAUUUACUGUAGAAACAGUAAAAGAGCAUCCUGCCCUGAAACAAACAGAAGAUUUUUCCUUACAUAAAUUAAAAAGAGAUUAAUGCUGCCUGCACUUAACCUUUGCAUUGGUCAGAGAUUAAAUUUCCAUAGUAUGUAUAUCUAGAGUGAAACUAAAACAAUUUCUUUCCCCUCCUUCUCCCUCCUCCCCCAACCCCUCUUGGAAUUUUCUAUGCUACGGCAUAGCACUAAUAAGAUAAACAAUCUUCAGGCUUUUUGGAUAAACGUGUCUGAUCUUCAGGACUGACAUUUCUCUAUAGUCUUGUUUGGUUUUGUUGGUCUAGUCCGGAAAGAAACAUGUUUGAAAAGAUAGAGCUUUUAGUCAUUGUUAGGGGACCACAUUAUACAAAUGUCUGAGAAUAAUUAUUGGUAGCACAAUUUGUCUUUUUUAUUACUUUUCCCCCAAAAUUGCUGCAGAAACAAUGUUGGUAUUCCCAAGCAUAUCUGCCCCCCGCCCCCAUUUCUGUCUGACGUCCACAUGGAAAGAAAGCAGUGGUUUGAGCCCAAAGGUCUGAAAUCAUGCUUUUACCUGUGGAACGUAGAGCACAUUCAUACUUCAUACAAAUUGGUCAGCAUUUCUGGGUCCAAAAUUUUAUAGCUAAAUGCUAAAAUAUUAUAAUACAUUAAAACCAUUUCAUAUGAUCACUGAAUUGAUCGUAUUCUGGAAACCUGUGAAACCACAGAAGCCUUUUUAAUUUAGAAAAGAUACUGGUUUUAGUUUGUGAAUGAAAAUGUUAUUGUUAGAACAGUCUAAAUUUUCUUCCAUGAAUUAUGAACCAAAAGGACAAAACACAUAAUAAAAUUAAUAAUGACUUGUGUUAGGUGUAUCUUGUAGAGUAGUCUGUGGAUUUUUUUAACACUGUUGGAGAAUAUUUCUUUUCAAUGUUUGUUAUACCACUUGAAAAUCAAAAGCGGUUUACUUUUUUUCGGAUGACAUUGUGUGAGUUUUCGUCACAAUUCAUAAAAGUUGUAAGAGUGAACAGUUGAAGUCCCUUAUUUAAAAGAAUGUACUAAAAUACUGAGUUAAAAAUACGUUUUAAGCUUUAUGAAUUUUAAUUGUAAAAUAAGUAUUUAUUGUUGGGCAACAUAACUACUGCUAAUAAUUUCAUUUUA